CUGCCGCGGCAGGUUGACGGCCACCAGAGCGCCCCGCGCGCCCCUGCGCGCCCCCGCGCCCCCCGCGCCCUCCGCGCCCCGACCCACGGCGUGUCGCUCCUCGGCCCGGCCCCGCCCGGCCCCGCCCGGCUCUGCGCGGAUUCUGAACCACAGCCACACUAUGGCAGGGCCUGCAGUGCGAACAGCCCGGCCGAGGGUGGUGUUUAUGGACCCCUACAGAUAAGAUGGCGGGCGGGGCCCGGGUCGCGGCCGGGAUGGAGAGCGCCCCCCUCCGCCGCCUGCGCGCGCCCGUGGAGAGCGCCGUGUGGGGCUGGCUGGGGGUGGUGCUGGCCGACCUCGCGGGCGGGCUGGUGGGCGGGCUGCUGUGCCUGCCCCUGCUCGCCGUAGGCCUGCUGCUCCUGCCCUGCUACCUGCUCUGUCGCCGCCUGUUGCUGCAGCUGCACCUGCUGUGGCACCGCAUCCGAGUGUGCGAGCGUGUGUCCGGGACGGAGGCCUGCUGGCUGAGCGCGGGGCUGCCCGUGCUCCACGCCGUGCUCGUCCUCGAGGCCGGCGGGGAGGUGAUCCUGGACGUGGGCCGUCUCCGCGACCUGGUCGUCAGCCGCGUGCUGCCACAGUACCCGCGGCUGACGGCGCGGCCCCUGGCGAUGCCCUUCACUGCAGGUGGCGGCAUGUGCUGGGUGCCUGACGCCGACUUCAAGAUCAGCCGCCACAUCUACCCGGCGGAUUGCGGUGGAGACGGUCUGCAGGUGUACGUGUCGCAACUGCUCGACAAGGAGCUGCCGCCCGACCGGCCGCCCUGGGAGAUGCGACUGUUGCCCGGGUGCGGCGCGCGCAAGAGCGAAGUGGUGGUGGUGCUGCGGGUGCACCCCGCGCUCGGGGACGGCGACGCCCUCGUGCGGCUGCUGUGCCACGCGCUCGCCGACAACCCCAUGACCAGGCCCAAGCAGGUGCGCCGCUGCCGGCGCGGGCUUCUCCGGCACUCGCUGGCGCUGGCGCGGGCCACUGUGUCGGGCCCGCUCGCGAUCCUCGGCUGGCUGCUGCUGCGCGCGCGCGACAACAACCUGCUCCUGGGCGGCCAGGACGCCGCCGGCCAUGACGACGAGGAGGCGGCCGGCGGGGUGCGCGUCGCCUGGUCCGCCGGCAUCGCCCUCAGCAAGGUGAAGCGCAUCCAGCAGGUGUCGCGCUGCAGCCUCAACUGCGUCAUGCUGGCGGCGGUCGGCGGUGCGGUGCGCGCGCUCCUCCAGGGCUGCGGCGUGCGCCUGCCGCCCGAUCUGCAGGUCACCCUUCCCAUCAGCAUGCACCGGCAUAAGAGUCGGAUGGCUAACCACAUCAACCAGCACCAGGCCGACCACUUCAAUCACCACCAUCACCAUCCCAUUCAUCACCACCACCAUCACCACCACUUCCAGCUGGCAGGCAGCGUGGUUGGCGACAUGUACCCGAACCCUGCGCACGUCAAGAACAACAACAAUAACAACAACCGGUGCAGAGGUGGUGGGCCGCUCUCCAACAAGACCGUCCCCGUAGUGAUCGGUCUCCCCGUCAGCGUGGAGGGUGCCGUGCCGCGCCUCUGGGCCACCAGGAGGUGCCUGCAGUACCUGCGAGCAGCUGCAGACCCAGAGGUAGUGUACCUUGCCUCCUUGGGCGGGUCGUGGGCUGGACGCUUGCUCUCCUCCCUCACCGACAAGGCCUCCAUCCAGUUCGCCACCCUGGCCGGGCCCUCCUCCACCGUGCUGGUCGGCGGCGCCGUGCUCAAGGCCGUGUACCCGCUGCAGCCCGCGCCCGGCCGCCUGGGCAUCGCCGUCUCCGUCCUCACCUACGCCGACCAGGUGUUCGUGACGGUGGCCUCGGACACGGCUCUUGGGCCGGCUGGAACACUGCUGCUGCAGCACUUCAACGUGCAGAUCGAGCUGCUGUGGCGCCUGCUGCGACACCGGCGUGCCCCAGGCGAGGCCAGGCCACCACCCUCCGUGCGCCGCGCCGACGUCCAGGUGUCGCCCGUGGGCGAGCUGACGACCAGGUUGUGCUACGUCCAGGGCGAGCUGGAGCGGCUGGCGAGCGAGGACGUUGUCGACGGAGACGGGGAGGUGAGCGGCGGCCAGGACAUCGCCCGGCUGUCGUGCCUCAAGGCGGAGUUCACCUCGCUGCUGCACGAGGUCCGCAAGCGCCAGGCGCGCGCGCGCAGGACUCAGGACAAGGCGCCCUGCCGCCGCCGGUCUGAGGUGCGCGUCGGUCCGGCGCGGCGACGUCAGAAGCGGGCAGUGUCCUUUUCCCUGCCACAGCGCCCGGGGCUGUCCUUCGGUGGGCUGCUGGGUGGCGCCAGUCCCAGUGGCCGCCUGGGCGACGACACUGUGGACACGCCGCCGUCGACGCCUAGCCGUAUGCUGUCCCCGGUGGCGGCGUCGCUCCCCACGACGGCGGGGCCGACCGUCACCAUCAGCAUCCCGGAGGAAGAUCAGGAGGCAGAGACGGGCCGACACUGGGUGCGGGCGUCCUUUGAGCGCGCCGCCCGACGCUCGCACGCCAACCUAGACCCGCAGCUCGCCGAGUACUUCCGUAGCGUGCAGGCGCCGGGCGGUGCGUACCCGUGCCGGUGUCACCUGAGCGACUCGUCACCCUCACCAUCCGGGACUGGCUACGGCAGCUGCUCCAACACAUCGCAGGAUGAGGACGGCGUCGAGCCGACGUCGACGUCCCGGCUUGUGGCCCGGCACUUCGACCGCCGUCGCACGUCAUCGCCGGAGCAAGAGUACGAGGCCAUCGCCGAGGCGUACUACCCGGUGGAGCUCAAAAACCGCGCCAAGUUCAGCGUGCCGGAGGAGAGCCCGCCUGAGGCGCCCGCAGCCAGCGUCACCGAAGCGCGCCGCCCUUCCUGCCUGAAGAAGACCCAGCGGCGAGACUCCACGCCGUCGGACCAGUCCUCGCCUUCGCUGUCCACCAGCGUGUUGCACCAGCUGCGCUCCUACUAUGACGAGUCGUACCUCGCUUUCGGAGACGGGUCCCCAGAGCAAGACCCGUACCGCUACCAGGAGCACGGCGAGGACCUCAGCACACCAGAGGACAUCGACGACGAGCUUCCCCCCGCGCCCCGGGAGCGCACCGCUGCCUUCUCCCUCAACGCCUCCGCGCGCUCGCCGCCCCGCCCGGCGAGGUCUCCCCCUCGGCAGCCCACUCUGUUCCUGGAGCCACCGCCGCCCAGCUUCACGUGCCGGGACGCUGAUCAGCUGCAGUACGUUGACGACUCGGACUCGGCCGCGACGCCGUCCGUGACCCCGGCCAACGAGGUUGUGGCCCUGGUUCACUGGCCGCCCGCGGACCAACGCUCGGACCAACGGCAUGGCCAGCCCAGCAAUCCCCGCUCGCUGUCGCCAGGCGACCUGGCGGUGGUACCAGCCGAACCAUGCGCGGGGGCGUCGUUGACGUCCACUUCGCCGCGACCCAAGUUCCUGACGCAGUCCUCGUCAAGCUCUGCUGCCAGCCACUCGGCCAGCCCCAGGAGCGUGUCCAGGCACCGCCAGUUCAGCGCAGACAAUGGAUACUUCGACGAGAGCGUGACCGUCAGCUUGGACCGCGGGGCGUCACUAUCUCAUGACGGGCUCUCCGCGCUGUCAGGCUCGGGGCUGUCCACCACCACGGACUCUGUCAUCAACCUCACCGGCUCCUCCGUGUCGGUGUCCGCCUCCCCCAGGGCUUCCCCCAGGUCUUCCCCCAGGGCUGCGACUAGGGACGGGCUCGAGGCCUUUAGGUCUUUGUCAGAGGAGUCCGCCCUGCUGCCACCGAACUGCCUUCACCCGCACUCGGUCGGGGAGCUUUCCUCCCAGAACGCGAAUAUGGUGCGACCAACGAGUCUGAUCAUCAAAAAGACCUACCGGAACUGAUUUUAAAGGGUUAAUUCCAUCUGUUCUUUGUAUGAUUACCUCUGCAUGUUUCGAAUUUAAACUGUGUGAUAUGUACAGAUGUCGUUUAGAGUAAGUGUGAGACAGGCCGUGACAUGUCUUCAACUUGUGUGAGUUGUUGGUAAAUGUAUACUAUAGUAAUAAGGAAAAGACAGUGGCAAAUGAUGUUUAAUUCUACUCCGCACACAAAAAUGCCAAAGUAAUAUUUCUACUUAUUUUAAAGACAUGUGCCACAAAUACGUACCAAUAUAUAUAUAUGGCAAUUAUGUUUUCUGGAACAUGAAGACUGGACUAUGAUAGCUCUGAAAGACAAUCAGAGCCUCUUUCUGUGAUUCCUUAAAAACUUUCGGAUUUGAAUGACAAUCAGAUUAGGAAGUCACAAUUCUUUAUGCCAAAAGCAGUGUGUUUUCCUGUACCUGCAAAACUAUCUACUUUCAUUCCGGCGUUUACCUGUGAGGUCACAUCACAAGUUUUUGGCAAGAUUCCAAUUUUAUUUGAAACAAAUUGUUAGUUUUUACUAUUGACCUGCAUAGAUAGUGCUCGAGUGUGUCAAAAUUUAUUAUAUUUCAAACUGUAUUAUGCUGUUUUAAACAAUACGGCAACUUAACGUUUCAGCAUAACUUGUAAACACUGGAUAAAAUCCAACAUAGUCCAGAUCGACUACUGAAAACAAAAAGUUCGUAUUUGAGAGGGUUUGCGUGAGGUCGUAUUUCCCAGUGUUCGCUUAUAGUGUAUUUCGACUAACGGAGCAAGAAGAAUAGCGGGUAGAACAUUAAGGUUCCUGAUUUACUAGAGUUACCCCUACUACCGGCGUGACAUAAGGCGUGACGCUCUCGACCAAUCGGUAACGUUGAUGUUCUACCCGCUAUUCUUCUUCCUCCGUUAGUCGAAAUACACAAUUAGAUCGGAUCUUGCUAGGGUCCCGGAGAAUGGUCGUAAGUCCAUUUUUCGUCGAUUUUGAGAGAUGCAUAUCAUUAGAAUGAGGAAAAAUUCUCUUUCCAAUAAUAUGCAUCUCACGAAAUCGGGACGCUCACCACUAGGCCAAGAGGACUACACUCUUAGACCUACGUUCGAUAUCCGAUACUAUCUCCGGGCAUAUCCGACAUUCGUCGAUGUCGGUGCUGUCGGAUAGGUCGGGUAUGUUGCAGGUCGAAAGUCGAUUAUUGGCUAAGAGAAGACGGACAUGUCGGCGUAGUCGGAUACGUCGGGUAUGUCGGAAGUCGGAGGUCCAAGGUCAGGAAUGUCGGAAAUGUCCGAAUGGCGAUAUGUCAGUCUCCCUCAACCUGAUAACGGGGCAUGCAUGCAUGACACCACAUCCCGACAUUUUCGACGUACCCGACCUUCCCUCCCUAGCUGUCAACCAAUUUGCGACUUCCGACAUACCAGACCUCCCGGCAGUCCCGACUCCGACAUUCCGUCUUGUCCGUCCUCCGCAGUCCGACAUUCGUCCCAGGUCCGGAAAGCCCGACAAGAACGACGUCUGAUACAUUUCGGACAUAAUUACGAAAUAAUUUCGACUUCCGAUAAAUUCCGAAAUUUCCGACCUACCGGAUGUAAGGCCAGCCAACCAGAGAUUUUCAGGGGUCGAGAUGCAAUAAAAACAGUUAUGCUGAAAAAGUUGGGUUUUUAAAGAAAAUGUUUUUAACUCCAAAUGUGAGACUAAAACCUAUUUUUCCCUUCGGUGUUAAAGUUUGAGCUAGAUGUGUGAUCAAUAAAUCUUCAAACUGAUAA